AUGAGUCCUGAUGAACAAAUCCAAGAGGACAACUGGGUCGUGCUUUCGGCGACUGAUGGAAAGAAGGUCCUCGGGCACGUGAGCAGAAACUCUUCGGCAAGAAUUGGGAAGCGAAAACGAAAAAUCGGUGCGCUGCUUGGUGCGAGAUGGGGAGAUUUGUUCGCCGUUCGCUCAGGCGAUCGCUUGGAACCUGUCGAAGAGGAGCAAUCUUUUAACGUGACAGCGGAAACAGAAAUGGGGACUGAACGAAACAACCAGUAUCUUGAAGACACUAACGAGAACCAGAAGCUGGAGCAAAGCACAAUACUUGCCAUGAAGGAGCAAGGAAUUGAAGGGGAACAACUUGUUCGCACGGUUGUCGAAAACUCACUGACAUUCCGCGGAAAGACGGCCUUCUCCCAGGAAAAGUAUAUCAAGCGGAAACGGGCGAAGUUUGACUUAAAGGUCAGGGUUUUGCGACCUACGGCGUUAACAUUAUGUGAAACGUACUUUGAGAGGUCUCCGGAAAAGACGAUGCACCUUCGCCCAGACGGGCUUGCGAUUUUGCUUGGAUACGCCGGUGUAAGGUCUGGAUGCCGAGCUCUUGUUUACGAAAAUUGCACCGGUUUGGUGACUGCGGCAGUGGCUGAAAGAAUAGAUGGUGUUGGAAAGGUUAUUAACAUUUUCUCGGGGACCACUCCGCCUGGCACUGAAGUGAUUCGAAUGCUCAACCUGGACAGCCUUCACACAAAAGCCAUUGUGCACACUCCAAUAGAGUUGCUGGGCAUGGUGGACGUCUCACAAUCAGAAGAUAACGAUCCUCUACGAUACGUCACAGUUGAGGACGCAAUUACAGAAAAAACGGGAACGAAGCAUGUUCCAAGCGCACGGCGAGCUGAAGCGAUUGCGAUGCGUGCGAAACGAGGGGAUGUCAAGUCAUGGAUUCGUGAUGGUUGUGAUUGCCUCAUUGUUGCAACUCGCUUCGAUGUUGUGCAAGUAUUUGAUGUUCUACUAAAGCAUUUGGCACCAUCUGGAUGCUUUGCCGCGUAUUGUAUGCAUUUGCAGGAUGCGGCAGAUCUGCAGUAUGCCCUUCAGCUAUCAAAAAUGGCCAUGCGGGUGGAGUUACUGGAAGUCUCUCUAGUCAAUCACCAGGUUCUUCCCGGUCGAUCUCACCCUGCUAUGACGGAUAGCGCCACUGGUGGAUACAUCGUGAGCGGGGUUAGGAUAGCCAUGCCCAGUGCGAUGGCAUCUUCAGAUAACGGAGAAAAGAGCAACUGACGGAUUUCCCUUCGGGGGAGACUGUUCCCUUCCCAUGUCGGCGUUGAGACGGUGAUUUACAACUCUGUCGGGUUGCAGAACUGUACGACUCCGUACUUUCCACACACAAGCCACUUUGAAUCCUCCGAUGAGGCUCGAUCAACGCUUUCUUGAGGCAUUCCACACCCUAAUUCGGCUUUCAGGGUUCGAAGAGCACAUACUGGUGCUGGAAAGUAGGACAAAAUAUCCGAGAAGGGGGUAUCAAGCUUCCAGUCGCGGUCUCCCAGGAGUCGCCUGUAGUUGGCAUCUCCCUUCACAAAGACAAGUUGUGAGCUGGACAUAUCGCUUCGCAAGUCGGCAGGCAUCUCCCACAUAGCCUGCGGUUGUACCCAAAAGAAGUUUUCAGUCAAAACCCAAGUGCCGUCAGCUACAUGUUGGGCCCACCGGUUUCCGAGUGCCACCACUGCAGCGACGUCUUCCCCUUUUGCGUUAGAUCGUCUUUGCAGGAACUCUAUAGUGUACAUGACGUCUUUGGCCAUAGCGUCGCUUACAAAAGUGGGAUGAGCUUUUAGUUGCAAGUGCACGACGGACGCGAAGCCUGAAUGUAUCAAAAAAUCUGCGAGGCAAAGGUCACAGAAAAGUUCGAACCCGGCAUUGUCGACGAUGAUAUCCAUGCGAGGUGCGUUCGGCAUGCGGUCGACAAAACUGGACAACCUGGCGACAUCGUUUGCCAGAAUCAUCUUUUGCCCGGCUUCAAGGACAAGAGCAAAGUUUUCCGAUGCGCGCUCCCCGCUGGACUUUUUUGGAUCAUUUCCCAUGAUGUUGCCAGUACCUUCGCCGCCGACAGGCCAAAGACUCAAGUCCAUGCGGUUGCCCCACAAAGCAGUGAGGACGAAGCCUUGAAAGUCGUUGAGUAAUUCGUGGCGCGAGCGGUUCUCUUCCGCUUUGAGGACAGCGUUGACGCGGCAGGCUAAUGUGGAAAUAGAAUCUAUCGCGCUGGAGAGGCCCAGCUCCUUCUGGAGGAUAAAAGGAUCGACCGGGGAUUGGAAGUAGUUGAGCGCGGACAUCAUUCUGCGAUACCUGAGCAUUUUCGAGCGACGUCAAGAACAAAAAUGAAACUGUUAGGGGCCAGAAAAGAGCUCUUCCUGAGGGUUA